GAAAGGCAUGAAAUAUAUAUAGAAAAAUAUCUGAAGAUAUUUAAGAUGUUUAUAAGGUAAAAGCUAAGAUGCCAGCAAAAAUUGUUUUAAUUUCUUCCCAAAUUCAGGUCAAUUUUUUUUACGUUCCACAAGAUAGCAUACCAACUGUGUAUUCUAAUUUAUCAAUCUAUAUAAAAAAUUUCAUUCAAUUUUAGUUUGACAAAAUUCUUCAAUGGCAAAAUAGGAGAAAUCACAAAACUAGUUAAAUAUAGCCCAGAGGGCAUAACCUUCCUUUCCCCACAAAACAAAUAAUGAGUUUGAUCAAGGUCAAGGUUGAACAUAUUUGGGAGCUUCACUCAUUUAAGAAUUUUAAUUUUUCCAGCCAAUCAAACAGGUCAGAACUAUCAAAAGAUACAAAAAUUCAAAUUUCACAUAUUUCAUUCAUCCGAGAGUAGAGGCAAGAAAGAAUAAGAAUUCCAUUAAAAUAUAUCACUAAACAGUCAUGUCAAAGAAUGAAGUAUUGGCUAGAUCUAGCAUAUUAUUGAUGGAGAAUAAUAGUAGAAACAAACCAAAGAGGCAAAGAGUGGCUGAAUGGAGCACCCACGUUGGGGUGUUUGUAGCAAUUACCUGACUGAUCUUGUUAAUCCAAGUGGAGAAGCUUUGAAAGUUUGGCAAGAAGAAAGACUUUUUCAUGGAGAUUGGAUGCCGCAGAGCUGUGGUAAGUGUCGAUGUCAGUGAGGAGUUUCUAAUUGGAUUGGAAAUCUAAAUUUGAAACCUUAAGAAAUUCCAAUUUACCAA